AGAAAACAUUGAGAAAUGACUUUCACAUUAAAUUCGUUUAAUUAUAGUUUAUAAGUGUUCUUUAAUGAUUUAAAAUAGUGUAAGAGCAGGAGAAACGAAUCUACAACAUGAAGAAAGUGAAGCAUGAGGUGGACGACUUAAAAAACAAGUUUUUAAACUUGAAACAAAAUCUUUUAAGACAACCAAUACAAAUUCCACAAAUGGGAUUUUCUGAUCAUACACUUCACAAUUUAUCUCUAAUACCUGAAUCUUAUGCAAGUAGUCGUAAAAAUAGUAAAAUUGAUGGUGAUGAAGACAAUGAAAAUAGCACAAAAUUAUCGGAUCAGGAGUUAUUGGAAACAACUGAGGCGAUAUACUUUACGGACAAUGUUGAUAUGGAGCUUUAUGAAAUUAAGAAAUUAACUGAGAGUGGAGAGCCUUUAAAAUUGGAUCAAAUUGAACAAAAUAUGGUAAAUUUGAAAAAUCAACAUAAAGUGAUUUCUAAAAAAGUGCUCCAAUUAAUACUAGAGAAAAAGUCGGAAUGUAAUAGAGAGUUUCAGAAUGUUAAUGAGACGGAAAAGAUGUUGCAGGAAACUAUUUGGACGACACAAAAAACUCGAUCGUACUUAAAUUUUGCUAAGAAGCAUUUGACGACAUCUAGUCUAGAAAUUCUUGGUGCUUAUAAGAAAAGGCAGACUUUAGUGGAUGUUUUAGAGAUUCUUAAAUUCUUACAGGAACUAAAGUCAACAAAUCAAAAUAUAGAUGAAUUACUUAAAGUUGGAAAUUAUUCUGAGGCAAUUAGCUUGCUUUUACAAAACAAGAAUCUUUCAGAAAAGUAUUCAGAAUAUACAUGCACAGAGUCAUUUAAGCAGAAAUUACAAGAUACUUUAGAUUCAACUGAAAUUGCCCUAGAUAAUGCACUAAAUGGAGUUACACAAAAGUUUGAUCCCAAAGUUUACUCUGAAUUAAUAAAUGCAUAUAAGCUAUUAGGUAAAGCUCAUUUGGCGAUGGAUCAACUGCACAUGAAUUUCAUAUCAGCUAUCCAUACAUCAGCAUUUAAUGUAUUGAAAGAGAAUUUAGAUCAAAUAGCACCAGAUCAGAAGUUAUUAUUUGAGCAAAUGUGCGAGAGUUUAAGUUACGAAAAUUUGCCAAAUUGCUUAAACCGAUUAUGUAAAUCAUUUUGGCAAAUACUUGUGUGCUUCUAUCAAGUGAAAUUGUGGCAUCAGAAUUAUAAACUAUACAAGAAACAAGAGCAAACAACAAGUGACGUAAAUGAGCGUGAUAACGAGACAUUUAACGAUGAUUAUAUACAUGAAAAAUUGAAAAAGGGUCAAAUAAGAAUCUGGAGUGAUAUACAGGCAAAAAUGACUAUUUUUAUAUCAAGCACUAAGCUAUCACAAUUAAAGUAUGAGAGCUUUAUUCAAAUUUUGUCGAUUGUACAGCGUAUGAAGAAAGUCGGAUAUGAAUUUUGUGAUGAUAAUUCACAGAAAAUGCUCGAUGCGAUGAAAAAUCAAUGUAUUGAAUUCUUUAAACGUUAUCACGUAACAUGCUUGGAUGAAAUAAAUCUCUUCAUAGAGCACGAAGUGUGGGUUCAAGUACAAUGUUUCAACAGUGUAUUACAAUUACAAGAAUACAAGUCAACUAAGCGUGCGAUAAAACGUUAUUCGAAUGAUAAAAAAAGUGAGAAUGAAUCUCUAGCGACAACUGCCGUUUUGUCAGUAAAUAACUCGCCCACAAAACGUGCGCUGGAUGAUUCAUCCGUAAAUUCACAAGAUGAGAGUUCUAUUUAUGGAUCUUGUGGAUAUUUCGUAAGGUUUUCCGAGAAAAGUUCACCAUUUGAGAUUCCAUAUGAUCAAAAAAUGUUAGAAGAAGACUUUUUGGCUGGAAUUGCCGACGAGACUUCAUGCUAUUAUUCUGAAGAUAGUUCCGAUAACGAUAAUGAUAAUAUAACACAGAUUAAUAAUAAUAAUAACAAUAAUAAUAUCGAUAGCUUAUCCUCAAUGACAGUAAAUAAUACGAGUUUAAAUAUUUUAAGAAUUAUCGGACGUUACCUACAAAUGUGCCGACUUCUUUAUGCAAUUGCACCCCACAUAAUAUAUUCCAUGACUGAAUUAAUUGAUUUUUAUCUUUAUGCAAUUUAUGAGAUUUUUGCAAAAGAUUUAUCCGUGCCUAGCGAAGCGUUACAUUCGUCUGAAUUAACAUGUAAUUUAAAGCGAAUAUCUGAAACUGUUAUAUCCAAAAUGCGUAAAUGGCCACCAUCAAUGCAAAUGAUUGAGUAUGAUUUAAAGGACUCGGAGCAAUUUUUCGCAUUAUCCAAACGAAUUAAUGCAGUUGAAAGUUGUAAUUCAAUUAUUGAGCAAUUCACAUUCAUUCAUGGCUAUUUGGAUCAUCUAAUUGAAUCAACGAAGGCUACGGCUGAGGAAGUUGAAAGUGAACAUCAAUCAUUGAAAAUUUAUAUCAACGAAAUGACAAAAUGUGUCGAGGACGUGCGCAAGCCAAUUUAUAUAGCUGUAACAACUCGAGCUAUUGAUAUCCAUGCGACAAUAAUGUCCAUUAAUAAAGUAAAAUGGGAUAUUGGACAUGUAAUGGUUGAGCAUAAUGCAUAUGUUGACGUCUUAAAUAGGUCAUCACAAUUGUUUGCUAUGCGCUUGGAAGAAAUGUCAUCGUCAAUAACAAUACCUAAAGAAGCCCUAUGGGACAGUUAUGCACAUGUAGUCACGCAUGUUCUCGUUGAAGGAUUUGCGAAUGCCAAGAAAUGUUCAGCAGCUGGUCGAGCGUUAAUGCAACUUGACUUUACUCACUUCUUAUCUGUUUUGGUGACUUUAUCAGGAACGAAACAUCCACAGCACCAACAGUAUGUUGAUCAAUAUAUUAAAGCUUUUUAUUUGGGAAGUGCUUUAGAGGAAUUUAUUACAACACAAAAGGCAUAUAGUUGUAAGCACAUGGUAGGAUUAAUUAAUUGCGCAUGUAACGAUAAAAAAUUACGACAAAAAUUAUUGAAUCUCGUUGAAAAUAUGAACGAGACUAGAAAUUAAACUAUUUCACUACUUUUAUUAUUGAAUUCGAAUGUCUCUCAUGCAUAUAGGUUGUGCAAUUUCAUCUGAAUGAUGAUUUUUAAUUUUUUUCGAACAUUCUUUAACUUGUUACUAAUUAUUGUACUUAUUGUAGUAAUUUAUUCUCGAAAGUAUUUAUUUCAUUCCAAAUUAUGAAUAUAAAUGUUUAUUUAAUGUUCUCUAGAAAAAAAAGACAUGACUGAAAUGGAAGAUUUAGACUAAUUUUCUCAUUUUCAACUGCGAAACUAUAUUAUUUUAUUCUAAAGAGAUUAUAAUUUACUCUAAUACUUAGCGAAUCUCAAAAAUAGUAAAAUCAAGCACGGUAUGAGAACAAUAUUGAAAUUCUAACGGUUUUUUAAAAUUCAAAACAUUUUAAAGCUGAAAGUUCAAAAAACGGAUUUUUUAAGCUCAUAAUUCAAAUUAACGGACUAUUUUAGUUCAAAAUUCAACAAAAAUUACGUUUCAAGUUCAAAAUUCAAAUUAACGGUCUUUUGAAGCUGAAAGCAUUAAAAAUCUAUCAUUCUCAUAUACAACACAUUACUCAAUAGCAAAUGAUCAAAAAUAGGUGAUUCAGAACCGAUUUAUAAUGUUUUCAUUUAUUCAACCCUCUUUUAAUAAAUAGUUACUUCUUAAACCGUGCUUGCAUACCAAAUUGAUGCAAAUUUAUGCUUAAAAAAAGACAUUAGACACUGUUAGACACCAUAGAAAUGCAUUUUUGAAUCUUCUAAUAUGUAACGCAUUUGACAAAAGUAUCCAAAAUGUAUCCUUUAUUUAACGUACACUGUGGCUGAAUCUUGAUUGAUUUAAUCUUUUAAAAACAUUUUUUUAUGUUUUACUUUGUAGUAAUUUGAUACAUCAAUCAAGA